GAGCGGCCGAGGGGAACCGCCUGAAUCCGGCGCCACGUCAGGACGGUGGGCGCCGGGGUAAAGGGUCCGGGCGCCGCCCCGCCUGCACACCGAGGGCGGCCGCCGGCCUGGACCCGCGGCGCGGCACAGCGCACCGAGCCCCCAGCGGGCCGGGCCGGGCCGGGCUCCGAGCCCCCGGCGGGCCUCCAUCCCCUGGGGCCGGGGGUCAGUGGCCGUGAGGGGAGGGACAGUGCCGCGGGAAGGCAGCGGUCGGGGGGUCGUGGAAGGUCUGGGCCGGAUGGGGGGAGAAAUAAACUUGAUAUUGGAGCAAAACUGUUCCCCAACGUUUGAAUAAACGCACCUGUGGUUCCCUGCUGAUGCCCAUCACCUCGGUGUAUAACAUGUUUUGCAUUCCAGUCCAAACCCCAUGGACCGGGUCACUGAGGCGAACCUACCUCGGGAUAAAUGUGAAAAAAUCAUGAGUGAAUUCCGAAUCCAUCACGAUGUUAACGAACUGCUCAGUUUGCUUCGGGUUCGUGGUGGUGAUGGAGCUGAAGUGUACAUUGACCUCCUUCAAAAAAAUAGAACUCCAUAUGUCACAACUACUGUAUCAUCCCACAGUGCAAAGGUAAAAAUUACUGAGUUCUCUAGAACACCAGAGGAAUUUCUCAGGAAAUAUGAUGAACUGAAAUCGAUAAACAUUCGGAAUGUGGAUCCAUUGGUUUAUCUGUUAUCAAAACUUACUGAAGAUAAAGAGACCCUGCAGUACUUGCAACAGAAUGCAAAGGACAGAGCAGAACACUCUACCAAUGCCUUAGCUAGCAGUGCUGCAACAUUCAAUGUCCCUUCAACCACUGCCAAGCUCUCGCUGCAGGAACUUGAAGAACUCCGAAAGCAGCUGGGUAGUGUCACUACCAGCUCAAAUGCGCAACAGCCACUUGAAGUAGUUCGAAAACUCCUUCGUGACAAACACAGCAAAAAAAAUCCGGGGCUGAUUAUCCCUCAUUUCCCAGCAUGGGUAUAUGAGAGGCCAGCGCUUUUGGGGGACUUCAUAAACAGCUCCAGUCCCAUCACUGAAACUGUAGUUUCUAUCGGAACUGUACCUCUUGCUACACAAGAACAAAUGAUAGUUGAAGACCUGCUGUACAUUUUGAUUGGAGUAGAUGGAAGGUAUAUCACAGCCCAACCAUUGAUGGGAAGGCACAGCCGCUGCUUUACAGUUGACCCCACACUGGACAUGUCUGUCAAGGAACUUGUGAAUAGGAUCCUUCCAAUAGCAGCAAGCUAUUCCUCUGUUACCAGGUUCAUUGAAGAUAAGUCAUCAUUUGAACAUGGUCAGGUAAACCAUGCUUUAGCUGCAGCAAUGCGGACACUUGUGAAGGAGUACAUGAUCCUUGUAACACAACUGGAACACUUGCAGAGACAAGGACUGCUAUCAUUGCAGAAACUUUGGUUUUAUGUUCAACCAACCAUUAGAACAAUGGAAAUUCUGGCAUCAAUAGCUACCUCUGUGGAGAAAGGAGAAUGUAUGGGAGGAUCAACACUAAGUGUGCUCCAUGACAGAACCUUUAACUACACAGGAGACAAUCAGGCACAGGAAUUGUGUCUCUACCUAACUAAAGCAGCAAGUGUUCCUUACUUUGAAAUUUUAGAAAAGUGGAUCUACAGGGGAAUUAUACAAGAUCCUUACAGCGAGUUCAUGGUAGAGGAGCAUGAACUUAAAAAAGAGAAGAUUCAGGAGGAUUACAAUGAUAAGUACUGGGAUCAGAGGUACACAAUCAUCCAGCACCGAAUCCCUUCGUUUCUGCAGAAGUUGGCUGAUAAAAUACUUAGUACAGGAAAAUAUCUUAAUGUUGUUAGAGAAUGUGGGCGUGAUGUGACAUGUCCUGAUGCCAAGGAAGUGAUCUAUACUCUGAAGGAACGAGCAUAUGUGGAACAAAUUGAAAAAUCCUACAACUAUGCCAGCAAGGUCCUAUUAGACUUCUUAAUGAAGGAAAAAGAACUCCUGGCACGACUCAGGUCAAUAAAACAUUACUUCCUGAUGGAUCAGGGAGAUUUCUUUGUCCAUUUUAUGGACCUUACAGAAGAAGAGCUGAAGAAGUCAGUGGAUGACAUCAUUACCACCAGAUUGGAAGCUCUUCUGGAGCUAGCACUGCGAAUGAGCACAGCCAAUACUGACCCUUUUAAAGAUGAUUUGAAGAUUAAUCUUAUGCCGCAUGACCUCAUCACUCAACUCCUGCGGGUACUUGCUAUUGAAACCAAACAGGAAAAGGCCAUCAUCAAUGCAGAUCCGACUGAGAUUGCUCUCAGUGGCCUGGAAGCUUUCUCCUUUGAUUAUGUUGUGAAAUGGCCACUGUCGUUGAUCAUAAACAGGAAAGCAUUGACCAGGUAUCAAAUGCUCUUCAGACAUAUGUUUUACUGUAAACAUGUGGAUCGGCAGCUGUGCAACGUGUGGAUCAGUAAUAAAGUUGCAAAACAGUAUUCAUUACACUCUGCUAAAUGGUUUGCUGCUGCCUUCACCUUGAGACAGCGGAUGCUGAAUUUUGUGCAGAACAUUCAAUAUUACAUGAUGUUUGAGGUUAUGGAACCAAACUGGCACAUAAUGGAAAAUAAUUUAAAAUCGGCAUCCAACAUUGAUGAGGUUUUGAACUAUCAUACCAGUUUCCUGGACAACUGUAUGAAGGACUGCAUGUUAACUAAUACAGUGCUGCUGAAGAUCUUUUCAAAACUUAUGUCAGUGUGUGUCAUGUUUACCAACUGUAUGCAGAGAUUCACUCAAAGCAUAAAGAUCGAUAGUGAGAUGAUGCGCCUGACACUGGAACAUGGUACGAUGAAGGGUCCGCCUACUCAAUUAGAACGGUCAGAGGAGAUUGAAAAGAAAAAGCUCACCAAAAAGUUUGCAGCGGAACAUGCAGAUGCACUGCAUUCAACAUCUGGAUUUGAGGGAACCAUAAAUACAUUUGACAACAACUUUUCUUCCAAUCUGCUUGAUCUGCUGGACAGAUUAAGCAUUUCAAGUACAAAUGACUGCGAGCACAGUAUGAUCAACAUUAUAUAUAGGUUAGAUUUUAAUGGAUUCUACACUGAACGUCUUGAACAGAUCUCGGCAGAGAGAAGUAAACCACCGGCACAGCAAGGGACCGUUCCACGAGCACCAUUAUCUGCACAGUGAAAUGCUGGAAAUGGCUUGUAAAUUUCCCACCCUAUUCACCAAUAACUCCAAGGAUAAUGAGUGUAAUUACCAAGCCAAGCAGAAACCCACACUCCAGAUGGUUCCAAAUAUGUAAUUAGAUUAUUUUGAAGCUGUUGUGAAUAAGAUUCAUUUGUUAAUACUAUGUUAGUUUGCAGCUAGCUGUGAGCACAAUGAAAUGUAGUUAUUUUUGUGUACAGUAUGUGAAAUGAUCAGAGGCUGAUGGGAAUUCCAGCACCUGGGAAAAUUUUACAUCCGAGAUAAUCCAGCUUCCUGCUCAUCCCUUCCUGGUCAUUGGGAAACUCGGAGAAAGGAAAGGAAGAAUGAAUCUGCCCACUGUCUCCACAGUGCAAGGAGGUGCAGAGCAUGGGGCAGUACACACCCUGACAGUGCAGGCACAGCCACUUCGCACUGGCACAAAACACAGGGUGAGGAAAGGGAAUAUGAGGGUGAUGUUCUGAAUUUUCGAACAGUGUUAUGUCGCGUUGUAGGAACGUGUAAAUGGAGUGGUAGUUUUUGUUUCCAGAAGCUAACUGGGAAUAGUUUCAGAUUUUUAUUUUAAAGUCAUAGUGCCUUCAAUCAUUUCACUUUAUCUGAACACUGCACUCAAUUUUUAUUAUCUGAAGUAUAACCUGACCUGCAAAUCUGUAAUAAAUAUUUCAGUAUGAAAUGCAUCUAAGUUGUAGAAUUGUGCUUUUUCUUUUAACUCCAUGUUUCUGGGUGUGAGUGUUGUCUCCCUACCAGGCUCAUUAAAUAAAACAAGCCUUUUCAUACUU